ACUCGUAAAAUAUUAAGUGCUUUUAACAUUUGAAAUCGUGAAAUGUAUAUUUUUUCAUUCAACGCUUCAAGCUGUCGGGUAAAAUAUCCACAACGCAAGACAGCAUCAUCCAGUCCAGUCCAAGCUGAACAAGAGUCAUUCUUUAGCAACACAAGCUGUACUCAUCAUGUAUAUUCUAACUUCUAAUAAGGAAAAAUUUGGAUUUCAAUUAAACACAGCUCAAUAUCUUCAUAUUGGCCCACAUAAGCAUUUGAUAUGCUAACGAGUCUUUUCGGCGCUUUGUGAACGUUACUCGUAAUGACUAGUUCCAUAAUUACACAGUCGAUCAACUAAUUUUUAUCUAGAACUUCCAUUAUAACUAACGAUUAUUUCUCUGUUUGUCCACGAACUAUAAGGAAAUUUCCCAAUAUUCAAAUUUCCGUGAGUACAUUCUACCAGCAGAAUUUCGUGGCAUGCCCUGGCGAAUUUAUUCAGCGAGGAAGUAGAAUUUUCUAAAUCAUCGAGUGUUUAUGAAUUAAUUACAAAAAACAAAUCUUGAACUGAUUAGGAAACCGAGACAUGAAGUGCGCGUUCUUCUUGCUUUUCAUCAUUUGCACCUGGGACAAUAUACUGCUCAGUUAUGUUAAGAGUUUGGAAGCUGAAGGAAUCGUCGGUGGCGAUUCGGACGAGGAGAACGAAUUCAACUACCAGGUCUCGAUUCAGGUGUUAAAAAAGAAAAGCGGCCAAUUCGAACACACCUGCGGCGGCAGCAUAAUAUCAGCUCAGUUCGUUCUUACCGCCUCUCACUGUUUCGUCAGUAAAGAUGACAAGCAAAUCUUGGACGUGUCCAAGAGUCACGUCCGGAUUCUUGCUGGAACGAAUAGGCAGGACGACGAGGACGGAAUCUAUAGAUUUAUCGACAAGGUUUACUUGAAUAAGAACUACAGUCACUCGAAUCCGUUCAUGUAUGGAGAUAUCGCCGUUGUGAAGCUAGACGAGAAGUUGGAUGUCGAAGACGACCCCAGAGUGUCUAUAAUAAAGAUACCUAGAAAAUUAAAAUACGAAAAGUUGGUGAAUAAAGUUGCCACCGCCUCUGGUUUCGGUAUUAUAGACUUCGUGUCUAAUACUGAUGAGUUUGGCGAGGCCGUGACUAAACCGAUUUUACCGAACACCAGACAAUAUAUUGAUGUCAGGAUAGUGAGCAAAGCCGAGUGCACACCUUACGAGCACAUCAUCUGCUCGUUGUUCGACGAUGCCGACGAUUACAAAGUUCACGGAAUAUGCAACGGUGACAGUGGAGGACCACUAGUUUACAAAAACGCUCUCAUCGGGAUAGUGAGUAGAGCUGCCAUCAGUUGCGAUAUGAGGAAAAAAACGGCAAAAUUUACUUUGGUACCGUACUACAACGAUUUUAUAAUACGAGCUGUCAGGGAUGACGGAGAUAAGUCAGAUAUGCUGAUUUUGGACGGUUUGGUGUGAACCGUCCUCUUUACCAUCGAUUAGUUACUCAUAAUUGGCUGUAUUAUAUGCCACAAAAUAUCUUUUGUUUACAAACUUAUGCGAAUGAUCGGAAACCGCUGAUAAGAGAUAAAUGCCAUACGUCAGCCGAAACUGAUCAGACGUGAAAUUCGAUAGUUUGUAUAAGCGACUACGUCAGAUUGAUGUCAGCUGAUCAAACAUCUUAGUAACAACAAUACGCCCGUACGACGUUCAUUGUAUUACUUCAAUAUAUCGUACAAUAAAUGCGAAGCAUGUCUCUAAACUUA